AUGCCAUCGGCAGCUUCCUCGCUCAUGCGGUUCGCCGGUGCCGCUCGCUCAGCUGCGGCGACCGCAUCUCGCUUCGCGCGCUUAGCUGAACGAGCGGCCCUCUCCACGAAGGCGGCGGCGGUCGAACGUCACACUCCCAGCUUGGAUUCCCACCAUGCCGCCACCGUAGAUCCGCGUCUGCACCGUCCUCCCGCCGUCGUUCCUCGCCCCGCCAUGACCGCACCUGCCUCCCAGACGCUCAGCAACUUAGAAGAACAAAUGCCGGAAGGCAAGGUGAAGUUUGUGGCAGAGGAGAAAGACCUUGAGUCAGAUGAAACCCUCUGGGUCUUGUAUGAGCGCUGGUGCGAGGCUUUCAACCAGAAGCGUGACCAUGAUGAGAAGCUUCGCUGGUUCAGCACAUUCAAGAAGACCGUCCUGCACAUCCACAACAAGCCCAAUGUGGGCUACAGAAGGGGAAUAACCCAAUUCGCUGAUGGAAAGCUAAGGAAGCCCUGUUGCACUGACCUGCUUGAUCUUAAGAUUGCAGAGCAGGCUGACGGCCAUAAUGUUGAAUUUAUCACAGAUGACAGUGGCAAACUUUACAAGCGAGUCUACGCCGAUUAUAAAGUGGUUCGAGACAGACUUUAUGUCCAUUUGCCCAAGGGGGUUGAUGUGAAAACCAUCACCAGCAACCCUGAAUGGGCUGAGCUGGAAAAGUAUUACUCCACCAACCCUGAAUGCUAA